AUGGUGUACAUUCGCCAGCAUCAACUACCCAAGCUGCGGGAAUACCGUUAUGCAGGAGUCGAUCUUUCUCUUGUUAGCCGCUAUGUCCUCAAGCCGUUCUAUAAUAACUUUGUGAUCAAGUUCUUCCCUAUGAGCAUGGCUCCUAAUGCCAUUACCCUGACUGGGUUCUUCUUUGUGGUAGUCAACUUCAUCACCAUUCUCUGGUACAACCCGACCCUAGACCAGGACUGCCCGCCCUGGGUCUAUGCCAGUUGCGCCAUCGGGUUGUUCCUUUACCAGACGUUUGACGGCGUAGACGGCAUCCAAGCGCGGAGAACCAAGCAAAGCGGUCCUCUGGGUGAGCUGUUUGAUCACAGUGUCGAUGCAUGCAACACGGCCUUGGGAGUUUUGAUCUUUGCGGCGGCUAUGAACCUCGGCCAAUCUUGGGCAACUGUGUUGACCCUUUUCGGAUCGACUAUGACCUUUUAUGUCCAGACCUGGGAUGAAUACUAUACCCAGGUGUUGACUCUGGGAAUCAUCUCGGGCCCCGUCGAGGGUGUCCUCACUCUCUGCGUUGUGUUUGGCUUCACGGCCUACAUGGGCGGUGGCAGCUUCUGGCAUCGCUCCAUGCUGGAGACCGUUGGGGUUCCCAAGUUGGCCUUCAUCCCAGAGCACAUCUACGACAUGGCCUUUACGCAGUGGUAUCUCGUCUACGGCGGAGUCCUCCUGUUCUUCGCCACCGCCUCUAGCAUCGUGCAUGUCAUGCAGGUGCGCCGCGAGCGUGGUCAGGAUCCAAUCAAGCCCCUGUAUGGCCUACUCCCCCUGGUCGCGGUGUGGACUCUUGUGCCGGCUUAUCUUUACCUGCAACCCACCAUCCUGGAGAACUACAUGGUCCCAUUCUGCCUGUACGUCGGCAUGAUCAAUGCGUACGCCGUGGGCAAGAUGAUCUGCGCGCACCUGGUCAAGGCCAGCUUCCCUUACUUCAACAUGCUCCUGAUCCCUCUUGCUUUGGCAGUGCUCGACAGCGCUGGUGCGGUCUUUGGGUACUGGCCGAGUCUUCUGGGUGACGGAGUGAGGCAGAUUGCUUUCGUCUGGGUGUGCCUGGGUCUGUCGAUCGGCGUUUACGGCAGCUUCGUGCACGACAUCAUCACGACGAUAUGCGACUAUAUUGAUAUUUGGUGCUUGACAAUCAAGCAUCCUCACGUGGAAGUGGUGGCCGCCAAUGGAGAGGCGAAGAAGUCGAACUAA